AUGACCUCCCCCAACGCCUCAGCCUCGCAAGGCCAUGGCAACAGCACCAACAGCCCCGUCACACAGAUCCGCCUCCUCUCGCUCAACUGCUGGGGUCUCCUCUUCAUCUCCGACCUGCGCACCCCGCGCCUCGCCGAGAUUGGCCGCCAGCUGGCCCUCCUGGACCCCCCGCCGGACAUUGUCUGUCUCCAGGAGUGCUGGACGCGCGACGACUACCAGGCCAUCUGCAGGGCUACGGCGGACAUCCUGCCCUAUGGCAAGUUCUACAACAGCGGCGCGUUUGGCGGCGGCUUGGCGCUGCUGAGCCGGUGGCCCGUGGAGUCGAGCUCCAUGUUCCGGUACCCGCUCAACGGGAGGCCGACGGCGUUUUGGAGAGGCGACUGGUAUGUCGGCAAGGGGGUGGCCAUUGCUGGAGUGAGAUAUGGCCCGGGGGAGAAUGAUGUGGUUGAAGUGUUCAACACUCAUACACACGCCCCCUACGAGAGCGGCCCCGGCGACACCUACCUCUGCCACCGCACCGCCCAAGCCUGGGAAAUCUCAAAGCUCCUCCGCGCCGCCUCCCUCUCCGGCCGCCUCGUCGUCGCCCUCGGCGACUUCAACAUGACGCCCCGCUCGCUCCCCCACCGCAUCAUCACCGCCCGCACGCCCCUCAAAGAUACCUGGCGAGUCCUCCACCCAGACAGCUCCCUCGGAACGGCAGACGAUCCCGCGGAGAAGGCUAGGGGCCUCCCCGUGCCGACUGCCGGCUACAACAUCAAGUUCAACGGCUCGACCAGUGAUGGGCUCUACAACACCUGGCGCUGGUCAAAGAGCGCGCAGAAGAAGCUCAAGACGGAGCCGUCGCCCGUCGAUCCAGACAGCCCUGAUCCUCGCGGAAAGCGCCUCGACUACGUCUUUGCAACCACCGGCCGCUUCCAGUCUGAUUCUUCUUCUUCUUCUUCUUCUUCCUCUCAAUCCCGGGGCUGGGUCGUCCACUCAGCCUCCGUCGAAAUGACCCAACGACAUCCCGACCUCAACGUCUCCCUAUCCGACCACUUCGCCGCCUCCGCCAUCCUCAAACUCCACCAAAUCUCACCUUCCUCCCCCAUCCCCGACCUAGACGCCCAGCUACUACAGCAAAUCCCCUCAAAAGAUCAAGUCCUCGACGACACCCAACCCCUAACCCUCUCCGACUACGACGAAAUCCUCGCCAUGACGGACUGGUACAUGGCCCGCGAGGUCAGCCAGCGCUUCUGGCGAGGCAUCCACUUCUACGCCUCCGUGCUCGUCUGGAUCGGCUGCCUCGUUGCCGUGUGGUGGAGCCCGCGCAACUUCGUGGCCUUUAUCCUCAUGCUCGUCGCCAGCCUGGGUCUCGCCACGGGUGUUGUCGACGGCUUGAUGGCGCUUCUCUUCUUCUGGUCCGAGAUUCGUGCUCUUAGGGAGUUUGAAUGGGAGAUUCGUACUGCCAAGUCGUUUCUUUCGCCAGGGGAUGCGGAGAAACCACAAACUGCCAAUGUAUAG